AGCCAAUAGUUAUUGUGCUUGUUGCGUCGUUGAAGUGAAGUCUUCCUGAACAGCCAAUAGUAAAGCUGCUUAUUUUGGUCUUUAGUCAAGACCACCCAGGUAAAAUGGCGUCCGGACACAAACAUUUGGUGAAGCACUUUUGUUUUUCCCAAGGCGGAACAGAAUGGCUCCAAAACGGUCAAGAAACUCAGGCAAAGUCCGACACCAAGAAGAGUUGAGCAGGGAAUUACGAAAACGCAAAAUUACGCUUUUCAUUCAGCAAGUUGAGAAAGAAGCGCAAGAGCGAAUGAACGAACUGGAGAGCAGACUGGACAACCUGAUGGCGAAUAUCGACAGAGUGUUCAGCGUGGAGCUGAUGAAGUUUCCACUCUCGAUUCGAAAGAUGCGCGUUGGCGAUUCGUUGACUGAAGAAUUGUCAGCCAGCGACGUGUCGCUAGCCGUGCGGGAGCAGGAGUCUCCCGAGAUGAAGCGGCUGACGCUCAAGAGGGUGCCCAGCAGAAGAGGAAAAUCAGUUGAUCCCAUAUUGGUUCAGCCCAGUUUGACGAGAAAGAGCUCUCGCAAGAUGACAGCCAAGGGUUCCAAAGGAGAAAAAAAAAUCAGGCCUUCAACCGAUAGCCUCAGCGCGGGAAAUCUGGGGGCUUUGGCGAGCGCUUCGAACAGACGCCGCUGGACGAAGGCCUGCGACGAGGCCCCGCCGGCCAAAGGCAAACUCAGGUCGGUGUUCUCCACGGGGGACUUGGACUGCUCAGUGGCCGGAUCGUCCGCACACAUCACUGUAACCACAGGACGGGGACAAACCAUGUGCUUUUCUGAAGAGACCAAGGACAAAAUCGACUACAACAUGUUGGACGACGUGGCCUUGGGUCAAGUGCAGAAACUUUCGAAACUGAUAGAAUAUGUGUCGGGAAGAAGCCGCUGCCACAAAUGACUCUGCCACUGCUUUGCAAGUUUCUUUCACCUUCUCAGUGUUUUGUUUUAUUGUUGGGAUGUUUUUGUAAUAAUAAAGUGAAUUAUCGCCACAUUGUGUGGAUCA